CAUGAGUUCGAUUGGUAUCCAGUUCGCUUGAACCCCUAUACGUGCGCCUCGGAACAUGCCCCAUCCGUCCGUGGGCACGAGUCUAGAUAGCGUAUGGCCGUGCAUAAUCGCCAUUUCACCUCAAGCGGCAAGGCAUGCGUUAUGCUCUAGCCAUGAUCCCCGUUUUACUGAAGCAGCCGACUGAAGAAAGAGUUGAUUAUCGAAUCGUACCAUGUUUUACUUGCGCGCGUGCGCCUCUGAGUUCAUCGGUACCUUCAUGCUUGUGUUCACGUUGGGCUGCAACACCAUGAGCGGGCAGGUGGUGUGGGGUGGGAUCUCCACGGGAUGUGUCCUCAUGGCCCUCACUUACGCACUGGCCCCGAUCUCGGGCGCACACUUCAACCCCGCGGUCACCUUCUCCCUGGGCGUCCUGCGGAGACUGGAGGGCGGGUGGUUCACCGUGGCGCUCUACUGCGCCGCGCAGCUCGCGGCCGGGGUCGCCGCCUCGCUCUGCUGCAGCGCCCUCUUCCUGGGCUGGGUCGAGCUCAGCCCUGCGCCCGGGCACGGGUGGGCGAGCGCCUGCGCCUGCGAGGCGCUCUACACCUGCAUGCUCUGCUUCGUAGUUCUCAACGUGGCUGCCAGCGAGGCCAACGCAGACCGGCAAUUCUACGGCGUCGCCAUCGGCCUCGCGGUCAUCGCGGGCACCUACGGCGCUGGCGCCAUCUCAGGGGCAUGCUUGAACCCCGCCUUGGCGAUCGCUAUAGAUCUUGGGGGCUUGCGCUGCGACUGGUGCAUUCCCUACACGCUGGCCGAGCUUGCAGGAGCCGCGGCGGCCACCUGCCUCUUCGCCGCGCUGCGGCCCGAGGAGCUGGAGGGCGCGGUGGCAGAGGACGAGGACUUGCCAGAGCCAGGUAUCAAGGCGAAGUUUCUCUCCGAGCUUGUGGGCACGUACUUCCUCGUGCUGACGGUCGGCCUCAACGUCCUGACGGACUCCCCCGCGGCUGCGCUUUCGAUUGCUGCAUCCCUGGCGUGCAUGAUAUUUGCCCUGGGGGACCUCUCCGAAGCCCAUUUCAACCCCGCUGUUACCAUGGCCGUGUACGCCAUCCAGAAGAUCGACGUGCGGACUGGUCUGAUCUACGGUAUCGCUCAGUUCUCUGGUGCCGCGGUGGCCGGGCUGACCUACGUCGCGAUCUGCGGGAACGAUUUCGCCCUAGGUGCAGCUGCCGGGUGGAGCUGGACUGGGGUGGCCGCGGCGGAGACGGCGUUCACGUUUCUGCUCUGCUUCGUCAUGCUGAGCGUGACCAUGUCGUCCAAGCACAGACUCUCCGAGCUCUAUGGCCUGGCGAUCGCCCUCUGCGUGGUCGCUGGCGGCUUCGCCGCAGGCGGCGUCUCCGGGGGCUCCCUGAACCCCGCGGUGUCCUUCGGCGUCGCCGUCGGCGACCGGGGCGCCUCGGCGGGCCAGGCUCUGCUGUACGCUGGCUUCGAGUUUCUCAGCAGCGUGUUCGCCGCCUCGGCGUUCAUGGUGACGCAGGGCGAGUUCUGCUAGCGGCGGAUGGCGCCCGCCGCGAGCAGCGAUGGGGCACGCGGGGACGCCGCUGAGAUGAACGGCAAGCCGACCAACCACCUGGCGACUUGCAAAAAGCUACGCGAGCGCCCGCCCCGUUUGCAGGCGUCGUCCCACGAUCGGCCGCUCUGCUUUUUGGGGGGGGGGCGGGGAGAGAGUCGUUGAGACUCUGCUGAUCGCCCGUGGCGUCACCGCAUCCUCCGUGGCCGUCGG